UGUCAUUGGGCCAUGCAAACCAUAAGUAGAAGUUUGACCAACAAAUCUCUUCUCUCAUAUGUGAGAAAAUACCAGAAAAGUGGUACCGCUGCGUAUCACACAAUACACAAAACGCUCUGCAUGUGGGUAACAAUCAACCGCGACGAGAUGACACAAUCGAACGAAGUCCAUCAUGUUAAUCACGACACUUUGGAUUGCAAACUGGUCAUAAUCGAUGAUACACUUUCGCGAUUGCUUAGCAGUCGCACAAUUCAUUCCUCGAG